UUAAGCAGCCAAAAUUUCGCUCCACAAUGAUGCCUUAGAUCCCAUGCAAGAAAAGGCAAGAAUCAGUUUAACUAUGGCAUUACAUUACUGUUCCAGCCUUGAAUCUCAAGUAAUAUAUAUACUUACAUUUUAAAAGAUUCCACUUUUACUUCCAAUCAAAACCAUCCACAUCCAUACAACUGCAUUUUGUUAAAAAGCUCUCGUUUUGGUAGAUCGAAAAGGGAGAGCCAGCCAAAAAAAGAUAUGGAGAGAGGGAAAAAGUCGAUAUUUUUUAUAGUUUUUGUGGUGUUGGUUGCAUCAUGUGUAGGGUGUGAUGAUCAGCAAUUAAAGUGGAGGAGAUGGGGACCUUCUUGUAGCAGCCCAUCAUCAUCGUCAUCAUCAAUCAAGAAAUUUGGCCAAUCAAUCAUUUUCCCAUUAUACGGCAACGUUUAUCCCAAUGGGUUUUAUUUUGUUCAAGUGUAUCUGGGAUAUCCUCCAAGGCCCUACUUUCUUGAUCCUGAUACAGGAAGUGAUCUAACGUGGCUUCAAUGCGAUGCCCCCUGCGUUCGUUGCACCACGGGGUUUCACCCACUUUAUCGACCAAGCAAUGAUCUCGUUGUCUGUAGAGAUCCCCUUUGUGCCUCUCUUCACUCGAGCGAUUAUAAAUGUGAGACUCCAGAGCAAUGUGACUAUGAAGUUGAGUACGCAGAUGGAGGUUCGUCUCUGGGAGUUCUUGUCAAUGAUUUAUUCACUCUCAAUCUCACCACUGGAGUUCGGAUGAGUCCUCGUUUGACCAUUGGAUGUGGGUACGAUCAGCUACCCGGGGCGUCUGACCACCCCUUGGAUGGAGUGUUCGGCCUAGGGAGAGGGAAAUCCAGCAUUGUGUCGCAGCUCCGUGACCAGGGAGUUGUAAAGAACAUCAUCGGCCACUGCAUAGGUGGGCAGGGAGGCUUUCUCUUCUUGGGAGAAGAUGUUUACGAUCCUUCACGCAUCACAUGGACACCGAUGUCACGUGAUCACACAAAGCACUAUGCAGCUGGAUCGGCCGAGCUUCGUUUUGGUGGGAGAAGCACAGGAUUCAAGAACCUAGACGUGAUUUUCGACAGCGGGAGCUCCUACAGCUACUUCACUUCUCAGAUUUACCAUGCUCUUCUCACUCUGAUACACAAAGAAUUAAGCGGGAAGUCUCUGAAAGAAGCAACUGAUGACCACACCCUCCCAUUCUGCUGGAGAGGCAAGAAGCCUUUCAAGAGCACGCGAGACGUGAGGAAGUACUUCAAGUCUCUAGCAUUUAGCUUUUCCAGCGGCUGGCGAAGCAAAUCUCAGUUCGAGAUCCCCCCAGAGGGGUACCUCAUAAUCUCCUCGAAGGGCAACGCGUGCUUGGGAAUUCUAAAUGGUACUGAUGUGGGUUUGAACAAUGUCAACAUGAUUGGAGAUAUCUCAAUGCAGGAUAAAUUGUUGGUCUACGACAACGAGAAGCAAUCGAUAGGCUGGGCUGCUGCCAACUGUGAGCAGCACCCGAGGUCCAGUUCCAUAUAGAUAGUAUACUAUCUUUGAUUCAUGUGUACAUAUAGAUUUCAAAAUAGGUGAAGGCAACAACAACAUUAGAUGAAUGCUACAGUGCUACUUUAAGACAAAGCUUUUGCUCAUAAAUAGUAGUACUAAGAAUUUACACAAGAAUAUAUACAGAGGGAUUGAAUUUA